AUGGCAGUACUUAACGAUUUACGAAACGGGUUGGUUAUCCGACUCAACGACAUUAUUUACACUAUAGUCGAUUGUCAGCAUGUGAAACCGGGGAAGGGUAGUGCCUUCGCACGGACGAAGAUCAAACGUAUCACCGAUGGUGCAGUUUUGGAUCGCACAUUCCGCUCCAAUGAGACUGUCGAAACUGUCCGGGUCAUGGAUCACAAGAUGCAGUAUAUGUACCGGGAUGGCGAUAUAUUGUGGUUUAUGGACAAUGAAUCAUUUGAACAACACACGCUUCCGAUGACUCUCGUUGAGGAUAGCUUGAAGUUCCUGAAAGAGGGAGAAACUGUCACGGUCAAAAUGGACGGACAGGUGCCGCUCGCAAUUGAGCUCCCGAACUUCGUUGAACUUCAAAUUGUUGAGACCGAUCCCGGAUUGCGGGGUGAUACCGUCAGCGGUGGUUCCAAACGUGCUACACUUGAGACAGGUGAGGUUGUUAACGUUCCACUUUUUGUGCAAAACGAAACGCGUAUCAAAGUUGACACGCGUACCGGCAAAUAUGUAGAAAGGAUAUAA